AUGGCACCUUCGGCCAUACUUCCAGAAGUCAACACCGACAAACCAGGGAAACAGAAAGCACAGCUCGUCAGAUUGAGUGCCAAAGACCCAGCAACAACCUCAGAUGCUGUGAUCGAGGUCAUCAACCGUGACGGUGGGGUCAUCGUCGAGAAUCUGAUCACCCCCGAGCUGGCCUCGCAGAUCAAAGCCGAGCUCAAACCGUGCUUCGACAACGACAUCAUAGAUCCCAGCGGCUUCUUUCCAGAGACCACCAAACGCGCCACGGGUUUGGUUGGGAUAUCGCCUGGCUUCGUCGAGUACAUGACAACGCCCCUCGUGACCGACGUGGCCAAUAAGGUCUUGACGUCUAACUUCACAUAUUUCUUGGGAGAGACGCCGACCACGGUGUCGUCGAAGCCUCAAAUAUCGUCUACCGUUGGUUUCCGGGUGAACCCUGGCGGCAAGGCGCAGGCUUUACACCGAGAUGAUGCAGAUUACCACGCUCAACUGCAAGACCAGCCACUGCUACUAGGUUUCAUUGUUGGCAUCAGCCGGUGCACAGAGGCGAAUGGUGCAACGCGGGUAAUCCCUGGAUCGCAUAAAUGGGGUCCAGAUAGGGCACCAAAAGUCAGCGAAACUGUGCCUGCCGAGCUUGAGAUCGGAGAUGCGCUGAUUUUCAGCGGCCAUCUCUACCAUGGCGGUGGUGCCAAUGUCACCGAAAACGAAGCGCGUGAGAAUAUCGGCCUGUUCUUGACCAAAGGCUUUUAUCGCCAAGCUGAAAAUCAGUAUCUGAUGGUUCCCCCCGAUAUGGCCAGAAAUCAGGCUCCACAGGUGCAAAGAUUGCUAGGUUAUGGCAUCAGUCGGCCAUCCAAUGGCUUCUACAAGUAUCAAGAUCCCAUGCGGGUGCUUUUUGGGGUGGAAGACGAGGAAACUGUAAACAUGUGA